AUGCUCAAGGUGGCACUCGAACCCAAGGCGGCACUCAAAUCCACCGCCCUCAGAUCCAAGGCGUCACUCAAACCCAAGGCGUCACUCGAACCCAAGGCGGCACUCGAACCCAAGGCGGCACUCAAAUCCACCGCCCUCCUCAGAUCCAAGACGGCCUUCAUAUCUACAGCCCCAUUCAAACCCAAGGCAGCGCUCAAAUCCACCACCCUCCUCAGAUCCACUGCAGCCCUCAGAUCCACAGCGGCUUUCAAAACCACGGUCAGACUCAAACCCAAGGCGGCACUCAAAUCCAUCGCCCUUCUCAGAUCCAAGGCGGCUCUCAAAUCCACGGUCAGACUCGAAACCAAGGUCACGCUCAAACCCAAGGCGGCGCUCAAACUCAUCGCCGCCCUCAGGUCCAAGGCGGUACUCAAAUCCAAAGUAACGCUCAAAGCCAAGGCGGAGGCAGCCAAAGCCAAGGCAUCGAUCGUGGAAAUGAAAACGAAAAAGAUAAAAGGGAACUCCUUUUACUAG